AUGGACGAAAUAAUUCCGGCUGAGUGUGCUUGCUCCUGCUUGAUCGUUGUAUUUGAGGGAUUGGCCUUUUUCUUGACGGCCAAUACAUUUCCUAGAUGCUUUGGAAAUGGUUCCUUUGCUAGCCCAAAUUUCCAUGUCUUUGAGCCAGGAUGGAUCACUAUGACCUUGUCAGAAGGGAGAGGUGGAGAUGAUACGGAUGGCAAAGCUGUUUGGUGGUCACCCUCACCAAGUUCUUCAAAAGGAGCAGCUACCAGUGGCGCAAAUCCUGUUCCCGAUUUCCACAGCUAA